GCAUGAGAUCAGCGUGAAGCAGGCGUACACCACCCGACGAUGGAUCCGUCCCAGCAAGCGCUCCUCACGUCACUCCUUCAACUGCAGCAGCAUGCACCUGCACCCACCGGAGCAACCCCUGACCUCCCGCAGCUUGCCACGGCCCUGCUCACACAGCAGCUGACCCAACAAGUACCCUCCCACCCUUCAAUCCAGCCUCCCAUGGCUCCGCAGGCUGCUCCGGCACAGCUGGACAUCUCAUCGAUUCUCGGCCUAUCACCUGCUGCUGCACCGCCUCCCGCCGCCGCUCUGCACGGGCUAUCUGCCGAGACCAUUCUGCAGGCGCUCGGGAUGGGUCAACAGACACAGACGGCCUCCCCAGCUGCAGUGCCGAUACAGCCACUUGUCCAGAGUGCCAGGGCAGAUGAGCCGCCGGCCGCCAAGAGGCCGCGAGUCGAGAGGCGAGAUGAGGGCGGUGCUGGUGCUGGUGCUGGUGCUGGGGAAAGCGGUGCGCUUCAUGUGGUUGGCCGCUCUGAAGAGGCGAGCAGCGUCAGGGGGUGGAACAAGGGGCAACUGCAGCAGGUACGAAUCUAGCUCGUUGUGCAUCAUCCAUCUUUGAUGAAUAUGCAUCUCUGUGUGUCUUUGAUCGUUGUGUGUGCAGUAUUACUACCAGUGGUACAUCAUCAAUGGUUACGCCCAUCAGGAUGCCAUCAAGUCGGCAGCAGGUGAGCUAGCCCCCUCAGCCUCACUCAAUACCUUUUUGUUGGUUUCUUUGUUUCAGUUCACGCCGGUUUGGCUCUGCUUGACAGCGUGAACCGAUCCACCAGCAACACAACCACCACCUCUCCGCCCCCCACAGCAGCAGCAGCAGCAGCUCCACAGCCACCACACAUCAUCAAACCGGAGCCCAAACCAGAGCAACCCACCCAGGCAGCCCCCACCCCUCAGCCAGUAGAACAACAAGCCCCACAGCCUCAGCAGACACAGCCGCCUGCGACACAGCCAGCGGCGACGCCAGCACCAGAGACGAUGGGCAAGGAGCAAGAAGCACUGCCUGUCGUCGAGACCAACACCGUGAUCGAAUCAGCGAGUGUCGGCGAGGUGGCCCCUCCAACACCUGCACCUGCUGCUGGUAAUGACAGUCUGAUGAACUCAACAGCCGCUGGCCCUGCCCCGCUGGCAACAGCCGCUGGCCCUGCCCCGCUGGUGUUUGCCGGUGGUGGUGGUGGCCAGGUCAGUGGCGGUGUUGUGGCUGGUGUGCCGGUGUACGAAGACGGGCCUUCCGUGGCUGCCGCAGACAACGGGGGGCCGGGCGAUGAUGGAGAUGGUGGGGGUGAAAUGGCCGAGCAAGAUGCUAGGGAAGAUAGCGGGCAGCAGAAUAUGUAGUCGCUGCAGCAGCGUUUAAUUGUUUGUGGAUAGGCCUCAGGCAGGCAGGCAGGCAGGCAGGGAGGGAUGACAGGUGUGCAUGCCGGACACCUCAUCCACGCAUCCAUUGAUUCGUGUGUGUGUUUCCC